AUGAUUCGUCAAACAUUUAUUAAAGCUUCAACAAGAAUAUCUGCCAAUUCAUUAAGAGUUCCGGCUACCAUUUCAACAUAUAGAUCAUACUCCGUAGUUGAUAAAACCAAAGAUAUAUUAAACAAAGUAAAUUUAAAAACAGGUCAAGUACUUGCCGAUGGUCUUGAAGCUACUGAACAUGCAGUUGAGAAUGUCCAAGCUAUGCCAAAAAAGGCAGGACAAUUAUUCAAGGAUGGUAUGGAUCAAGCAGAAGCUUUAGCUGAAGGUUCAACUCCAGAAGAAAAACUUCAUAGAGUUAAGAAUGUCCAAAGAUCAGCUGCUGAAGGGGCUAAAGAAACCGCCGAUGAAGCUGCCGGAAAAGCAAAGGGAAAGGCUUAUGAAGCAAAAGAGACAAUCGACAAUGCUGCCGAAACAACCAAAGGCAAGGCUUAUGAAACUGCUGAGUCAGCAAAACAGAAAACAAGACAAGCUACAUCCUGGGCACAAGAAGAAUUGGAUCCAAUUAGGUCCAAGGCUGAAGAGAUUUCUGAAAACAUAAAGAAUAAAGCUUCUAAAGCUACCGCUAGCAUAAAGUCAACUGCUAGUGAAGCUGUUAAGAAGGCAGGUCAGACUAUUGAAGAAAAUGAGCCUGAACCAAAUCAAUAUAAUCAAAACGUUAAACAGAACUAUAAAGGAUAUGAUAGUUUAAAGGAUAAGGGAUCAAAAGUUGAAGGUGAACAAAACAGACCUGAUGAUGGAUUUUAA